AUGCGCUGGAAAAGUGAAGUCAAAGUCGAGUGCUGCGUCGUUAACGAGUCUGCAAACGGAUCUCUGCUGUCCAGCCAUGAGGGCGCUCCGGUGGAGGUUCUGGAUGAGGACGCGUCGUCGCUGCAGCCGAUGGCAUCUGCGCCUCUGUUAGGCAGGACGGUGUGUGCGAGCUGCGACGAGGAAAUUGUGGAUAAAUAUUUAUUAAAGGUUAACGACCUGUGCUGGCAUGUGCGCUGCCUCUCGUGCAGCGUGUGCCAAACCUCACUUGGCAGCCACACGAGCUGCUACAUCAAAGAGAAGGAGGUUUUCUGUAAACUGGAUUACUUUAGAAGAUACGGCACCUGGUGCGCUUGCUGCGGUCGGAACAUCCACUCCACCGACUGGGUCCGCCGGGCGAAGGGCAACGUGUACCACCUGGCCUGCUUCGCCUGCUUCUCCUGCAAGAGGCAGCUGUCCACCGGGGAGGAGUUCGCUCUGGUGGAGGAGAAGGUGCUCUGCAGGGUCCACUACGACUGCAUGCUGGACAACCUCAAGCGGGCCGUGGAGAAAGGAAACAAUGUAAACAUGGAGGGGGCUGUACCCACUGAACAGGAGAUUAACCAGCCUAAACCCUCCAAGAGAGCACGGACCAGCUUCACUGCUGACCAGCUGCAGGUGAUGCAGGGCCAGUUUGCUCAGGACAACAAUCCAGACGCCCAAACACUGCAGAAGCUGGCGGAGCAGACGGGCCUCAGCAGAAGAGUCAUACAGGUCUGGUUCCAAAACUGCAGAGCACGCCACAAGAAGCACGUGAGCCCCAACCACACCUCCACCACCCCCAUGAGCUCACUGCAGUCCAGCCGGCUCUCCCAGCCCACCCUGACCCCCGAAGAGCUGCAGUACACGGCGUACGGAGGCUCGGAGGGAUCAAUGCUCUCUGCACUACACUCCUUCAUAGACAUACACUCCCCUCCAUCCAUGUUUCAACCGCUGCUGCCGGCCCACGCCAUGACCUCCCUGCCUGUGUCUCACGCCUGA